AUGGAACAAAACAAGCAAACACCUGCCCGGCGCCGCCGAAAUGGGAAGCAUGCCUCGGGUCGUAAGAAUUACGCAUCUGAGGGCGACGUCCUGACGAACAUGCCCUUUCCUGCCAACUAUCCCGCGACGCCCAUGAAAUCCAAGAAUGCCAGCCCAGCUCCCGGGUCCCAAGCUACCCAGCCCAAGUCCGCAAAGCAGGGCAACAGGUCAGCCCGGCCCGCCCAUGUCUCGACGUCUCCCGGUCCUGCCAAACCUGGCCGGCGCACUCCGCCUCACUCUGCAAACAACAAAACCAACUCGGCCGCCUUCGCUGGCGCCAAUUUCCAUGCCUCUCCUGCUCCGGCCUCCCUGCCGAUGCCAAGUUUCUUCAGGGUGCGAUCCGAAUCAGCUACUGUGAGCGGACGCACCAAAGAGCCGUCACCGCCGGCCUCUGACUGCGACUCUCCCAGUCCCUCCCAACCAGCGACCGUGCCCCAGGUUCGCCGUGACGAGUCUCCGCUGGACUUGCUCUUCCGAGCAGACCGAGCCGAGAAGGAGCGAGCCUGCAGAACGAACUCCGCAAACGCAGCGGCUGCUGAUGGUCCGUUCUCCCCACCUUCGGAGGGGCGAUCGGGCCGGGAUGCCAACUAUUCCUUUGAUCCAAUCCCCCUGAAGCUCCCCAGCCGCCCAGCUCAGAAUGGCGCCUCUGGCCCUAACGGCACUGCUGGAUCUGGUCCGCGCCCCGAGCCCUUUGCCUUGCCCAUCCACGAAAAGGCCCGGGCGGCCAGAGCUACGGAAGUCAAGAUACAGCAGCAGGCCCAACAGCAAGGCCCAGCACAACCACGAGAGGCUCCCCAGCAUCUCGCUACACCCCCGCGAUUGGAUCAAAGGAGUGAGGCGGUAAAGAGGCUCCUGGGAAUCGGCGCUGGGUCGCCGUCCUCAAACUCGGUGUCAGCGCCGUCGCAUCAUCAGACCAACUCCCCUGGACUUUUCCCAUUCCCGACAGCCGCUUCACAGAGUUCUCCGCAACUCAGCGGCGGGGCAAUGGGCACGCAGAGCCCAGGCUCAGGAGGUCCAGAAGACUGGAAGUACCGUGGCGAGCACGCGCUUCGCCAGGCUCUGAAGCUCCCCUUCCCGAUCGGAGCUGGACUAGACGGCAACAGCAGCCCACAACAACAAACCGGUCCCUCCCCAGGACGUGCAUAG